AUGAUAAAAGAAACAGAGAAUAUUGAUAAUUUGAAAAAAAAUCAAGUUUUAGAUAAUUUGAUAAAAUGUUCAGAUAUAACAUUUCACGAAAGAAAUUUAUUACAACAAAAUAGAAAAGUAAAAUUAAAUAAAUUACAACAAGAGCUUUUAAAAUAUUACAAAGAAAUAAUUAAUCAAACAGAAGUUCUAUUACAAUUACAAGAAAUUCAAUUAACAAUUGGAAAUAAAGAAAGAUUAACAGCAAAACAAAAAGUAACUUUAUUUAAUUUAGUAAAUGAAAAAUUUCUGAGAAAUACACAACAAGAAAAAAUUAAAAAUAUUCAAGAAAAAAUUGAAAAAGAAACUAAUAUUGUUAAAUUACAAGUUGAUAUAAAAAAAAGAAAUUAA